AUGUCGGCCAACCCUUCAACUCAGGCCCACUCACCAUUACCACUCCAGCUUCACACUCAAUCUCCAAUGGCUGUCCUUAACUCGGUCUCAUCACCAUCUUCUUCAUCUUCAUCUUCUCAGCCUGAAGCUCAGACUCAAACUUCUGCUCCACCUAAACCAAACAGAACCCGCAAGCGUCUCUCCAUCUCUUUUACAAACUUUGCUCCAACAACAGACCAUCACUUCCAUCAACAACGUCGAUCAGUCUCCCUUAAUACAAACAAUAAUAACAAUGGCCACAAUCAAAUCCAGUCGCCAUCGAGAAUGCCCUCUUCACAGUCCUCCAUGACAUUAUCUUCCCAUCUUACUGCUUCGAGCCCUUCCUCAUCUGGAUUGUCUCCUGCCACUGCUACUUCUACUGCUAAUGCUAAUGCUAAUGCUAAUGCUAAUGGCACUGCCACCCCCUCAUCUUCUUUCUCAUCAUCCCAAUCAAAUACCCCAUCAGGACUUUCUCGUUCAAUGACAGUCUCAUCUCUGGCAGCUAUAAAAGAUUCUCCAGAUGACAACAUAUCCCCCCUCUCAGAAUCCCAUCACCAUCCUGCUUAUACAUACCGCUCUACAAAAUACUCUCAUAGCGCCCAAAACUCAGCUUCAUCUAUUGGCUCGGCCGCUUCCAUCGGAUCUUACAGUUCUGCAGGCACUUCUCCAGACUCUCCAGCAGCAGCUGCAGCAGCUGCAGCAGUUAAUCCUCCAAAUGGUAUCAAAAAUAGACCUUUCCGCUCAUCUUCAAUCACUCUCUCUCCUAUUAGAUCUCCCGGAAGCACGCAUGUCUCGCUUAACUCUAACUUAGAAGGUGAAACAGCGGCAACAGCAUCUGCACCAGUAGCAACAUCGGCUUCACAAUCAGAAGUGGCCAGUAACUCGAGGCUCCAACCACAUCCUCCUCCAGAAAUUUAUCCCACCGAUUCUUCCGGACCGGAGAACCUCCCGGAAGCUUCGGCCUCCACAACCACUUUGACGGACCCCAGAGCACCUCAAACCGGGCUCUCAACCUCCUCCUCAACAACAACCCUGGUGCUCCAACCGACAAAUUCUGCUUCAGUCCCACCGUCUCAGUUCAGCCCACUCAAUAUUUCCCCUGUAACUGCAACCGGACCAACUUCAAUACCACCAUCUUCAAACAAUACAAAUACAUUUUAUCAUCACCAGCAGCAAUAUCAAAAUAAUAACAGCAACAACCACCACCAACACCAACACCAACACCAACACCAACACCAACACCAACACCAACACCAACACCAACACCAACCGGUCUCGCCACCCCCUGCAUCAGCAGCCUCAUCAGCUAUUGAGUACUACUUCUCACAGCUGGCCUACCGUGAACGUCGCAUCGUCGAGCUGCGUGACGAAAUCAAGCGCAUGCAGCAAAAUCUCAAGCAAGCUGAGUCCGAUCUAGAAGACUUUAAAAAGCAAGUCCCCACCUCUGACCUCAUUCCCCGCCAAUCUGCAUCCGCUAAACCUAGCGGUUCCCAAAGCCACCUUCAUUCUCAAUCUGCAGCCGCAGCUGCUGCUGCCCUAGCUGCUACAGCCGGCUCUUCUUCUUCCUCUUCCUCUUCCUCUUCCUCUUCCUCUUCCUCUUCCUCUUCUUCUUCUUCUUCUUCUUCUUCUUCUUCUUCUUCAUACAAUAACAAUGGCUCUAGUAUACCCUCUAAUAAUACCCAUCACAAUGCACCUACUAUGACCUCCCCAAAACAAUCAUCUACUCCGUCUCUCCGCCGAUCACAGUCCCAGUCUCGUAGACUUGUCAUUUCGCACUCGCAAAUGGCAUCUUCUGACAUCCCAUUCUCGACUUUAUCUGGCCACAAGACUGGCAGUAGUGCUGGUGGUUCUGGUGGUUCUGUCGGUUCUUCCCCUGCUCCUUCCCUCUCUCGUCAAGGGUCAUUAUCUAGAAGACAUAUUCCGUUGCAAUCUUCGACAUCUUCAACUUCAUCCUUUUCUUCUCGCCACUCGGUUUCACUUUCAGACUCGUCAACUUCCUCAGUCACCUCUUCCCUCAUUGACCCACUUAUGGAAGAGGCUGAUGAGGACGAUUAUAACACGUCAGCAACAACUAUUGGAAGCAGCACACCUGCUCAAAAUGGCGGUGCCUUUGGAUCAGGUUUUGGUGCUAUUCGUAAAGAAAUGUUGCCUAAUUCUUCCAAUGUUGUCCAUUCCACCCCCUCGUCUGGCUCACCAGAUCACAAUAACUUCCAGCGCUACCCUGCACACACAAUGGUGGUCGACGAAACUGGUGUCCAUACAGGACUUUAUGAUCCUAAAAUGAAUCCACAUGCACCGGGUGCCGGAGCCACAGAUCAGGUUUUGCACCUUGGCAAGCGUGUUGUUGAAGAACUUGGAUCCCAGUUUUGGUCCUUUUUUGAGGAUAUUAAAAACGUGACAGUAGGAGAUGAUGCGCGCGAUCCACUCAGUAGACACGGUUCUCUUGGAAGCACAGCUGCGACUCCAGCCACUGCGGGAUCAUCGUCAUUAUCUUCCAGCUCACCAUCCGGACACCUUAAUGGAACAGGCAGCAGCAGUGCAAGACAUAUGCAUGCCAAGUCACGGUCUGUGAUGGUGGGUGGAUCGACACGUACUCCUGUUGCAAGUAACGUGGGACCUGCUUCUCAACAGCAGCAACAGCAGCAACAGCAGCAACAGCAGCAUCAACAACUUCAAACAUCUUCUUCAUCAUUGGCAACUGCAACAACUCCAGUGGUCUUGCCGCCUCCUGCAGCAGCCUCGACCAGUGCUGUGUUGCGCAACAGACAUGUGCGAGCCCCAAGCUUGCGUCGGUUCCGGGGGUCCAUGUCAAUGCACAACUUAAAAGGACACCUGAAUGAUACUGGAGAUGAAGAAGUACAAGAAACAGCAGAAGACCCCUUGGAUGCGAGCCGCCGUGUCAUUCCGCGUAGCUCGUUGACUGAUUUGAAGGUUGCUCAUACCAAGGCUUCUGAAAACUCGUACUUUAUAGUAUGA